ACCAAACAACGUUAGUCUCGUUCAACCAGACACUCGGCUGUAAAUCUCCGUCUCUGCUCGUCGGAGAUUUACGGAGACAGCCGAGCGUCUGGUUGAACGAGAUUACAAACAACGUUUAUUUCUCCACGUUACCCUACUUAAAUUGUGACGUCAUGAACGUCGGGAUAUUCCUCGUGGUAAGCAACGAUUGCUAUCAAGUUGACGUUGCUAAAAUAUAACCAUAUCACAGAAAAAUGGUGGAGGAGUCGUGGGUGAACGAAGUCUUGGAUUUUGGGGAUGAGCCUGUAAAAGAUUUGGCGACCAGACUGGCCAUCUUCAAAUUCGACUACAGUUGGGCGGACAUGGUAGAGAAGGAAGAAAAACGAAGGGGUAAACCAGACAUCCCCGAGCGGUGGCCGGACCACAUCCCUGACUGGAUGAGACUGACAGAAAUGAUGCCCUCCCUCAAACGCCGACCCAAACUGACCAGUUCUAUGAAAGGAAACAUUAAAAACAUGAGUUCCUCCUCCGAGAUUGUGUGGAUGAAGAGGGAGCCCCCACCCACGCGCAUUCGUAUUCUUACACGUGCCAGGAAGUAGGUUGGGUUCAGCAAAGGAGAGCAUACACAGAAUAUCAAAUCGAAACUCAUGUGAAACUUUUUUAUGACUUUUUAUGUACAUACACAUAUUUCUAUUUCAUAAUUAUUUUGGUUUUAAGAAAUAAUCCAUGUACUUUUGUCUCGUAGGAAUUUUAGUUUUUAUUAAUGUAUUUUUAUACCAUUAUACAUUUUGAAAUAAUAAUUCGAUGGUUUUUAAAGCACUGACUUGGAUACAACUCAUCUCAUGACAAUCAAGUAUAAAUCAUGAUAAAACUUUAAUGUGAAAAACCUUAUAAAUCACGGAAAUAACAAAGAUGCUGUUACGUUUAAAUGUUGCUGUUUUAAUUUUGUAAAUUU